AUGGCUCCUCCUGAAUCUCGUGAUCCUUCAAUCCAGAAGACGAAGUCUUCGAAGCAGAGAAAAUCACUUUUUCGUCCUCCGUCGCUCAAGCUUCGAAUGAAACCCUUUGGUAUAGAAGCAAAAGUCACAGCUGUUCGGGGUAGUGUUUCAACUCCAUCGAGUCCCACAAUUGAUAAAGACCUACCAAAGGACAUACCGAAAGACCUGCCGAAAGACCUGCCGAAAGACCUGCCGACAAUGCCAGCGCAGAUCGCGGACACCACCCAUGGCCCGUCUGGAACGACCCCAGAGCCCCCUGCUAACCACAUGGCAACCGAGACUAAAGAGCCUGAAGACCAAUCAAACCACUCAAGUCACAAAGAAGAGAUCGCAAGCGGGGAGGUCGGGGAUAUUCAGCCUUCCUCCCCGCAGAAAUUUUUGGGCACUAUGAUUGACUUGGAAUCACCUUCUUCUGAAGCUGAGUCUGAAAUUUCUCCACUGUCGGACCAUCUUCCUCCAUUGCGUACAGCCUCCCGUUUGGCCCGCUUUUUCCCAGAGCUAUCUUCGCACUUCUCCGUUGUCUCCCCGGUCAGUGCAGAUUGCAAGAUGGACCGUCCGACGGGGCCCUCGGUUUUCGAGCGGGAACUAGAAGAACGGGUGCAGAAUUUAUAUCAAAGCUCUGCAGACGUGGCUCCUGAUCUCUAUAACCCUCCUGAUACACAUGGCUCUGUCGAUGCACAUGGCUCUCCCGAUUCACACAGCCCUACUGAUCCUCUGGAGAUUCCCCGCCUGUCUUCUGGGUCUGAGGAGACUUUGGAUUGUGCUUCAUCGUGCUAUAGUCGUCGCACAUCGGUGACCAGUGUUGGAACCACGUUCUGGGGAGAUGAUGGACGAUAUCCUUACAAGACGGCCGAUGCAUAUUCGAUCUUCUCCCCCGUUGCGGCCGGUGUCUUCGAUGACGCCAGUUCCAUCUGUUCCUCGCAGCCGUCCUCGGCAGUGGCCCCAUGCCACCUGCACGUGUCAAAACCCGCCUUCCCGACUCCAAUCUCCAAAAAGGUAUCCAUGAACGACCUCAAAAAUAAGCCCUUGCCACUGGAACCAUCCUUCGGUGAUAGUUCAGCCCCAAGCUACCGCAGCGAGUCCCCCCCUUUCGGUGGUUUCACCACACUUGAAGCCACAGCGAUCAACGCGAUGUUCCAAUAG